GCCUGGCGACGUUUUAUUUUGAAUAGCAAACCGCCUUGUCCAACUGCUGUCUUUUAAGUAAGCUAGCCGUCCAGCUAACCGCGGAGAGAUUCCUGUCUCCGGGAAUCAUUUCUCACAUUUAUUUCCACUUUCCGCCGGGUUAAAUAACACCCGAGACCUGGUACAGAUUAUAUCUCGUAGAUGUUUCCAACAGGAAGAGGGUUUUAAUGCUGAAGACGCUCGCGCUUCCGUCUACAUCUUCACGUCACUCGCUUCCAGUCAAGUUUGAUGUUUUUCCAUGAGCACCGUGUGGAGAGGACUUUGAUUUGCUUGUGCUUUCUGUCCUAGCAAAUCAAUGGAGAAGCUUCAAGACCUCAGCCAGUCCGAGUUGCAGGAUUUGCUGGACAACUUGGAGCGGGUGGAGUCUAUGGCACUGGAGUCUGAUGAGAUCCAGAACAUUCAGCUGGAGAGAGAGAUGGCUCUGGCUGCAAACCGCAGUCUGGCUGAGCAGAACCUAGACAUGAAGCCCCGUAUUGAAAAUGACAGAGCACGGCUGGUGGAGAAAUACACUGAACUGGAGGCAGUGAGGGAGAAAUACAAACAGCACUGUGUCCUGAGAGACAGCAUCAUGGGACAGGUGUCUCCGGAGGGUCUGUUGUCUCGUCUGCAGGCAGAGGGCGCCAGCACAGAGGCAGAGUCAGAGGCUCUAGCAGAUGAGUUUCUGGAAGGUUCAAUAUCGCUGGACUCUUUCCUCGAACGCUUCCUUUCCCUGCGCUCCCUCGCACACACGAGACGAGUGCGCAUCGAAAAGCUGCAAGAAAUUCUCAGCCAAAAAAGCAAAGGGAUCGGAGAUGCUACAAUUGCAUCACAGCCCUGUGCCAGUCAGGAUGCUGGAUCAUCAUCGCCGUGGCAACAACAGCAGCCGCAGCAGAGCUCCAAAAUCAAUGCACCCUCCAACGCCUCUAGUUCUGCUCUCCCUUAUUCCCCCUAUCCCGUCGCUCCUCCAUCAGCCUCCACAGCAGGCAGCACUAACCCCAGCACAGCGUUUCAGCCCUACCCCAGCCAGGGCGCCCCAUUCCCUCAGGCAACAGGCUUUCCAGCUCCCAGGCCUGCGUUUGGUCCCCCAGCAUGCCCAUAUCCCACUCAGCCCCAGUUUCCUGCCCCUCCGUUUGGGCAGUUUGGUCCCACGCCUGCCCAGUAUCCUGCUCCAUACCCGCAAUAUGGAGUAUACAACUACCCCACAGGCCCCCAUGCACCAUCAACCCAGUCACCCCCAGGUAGACCGCUUUAUAGGGCAGGUUUUGGGGUACCACAGCCAUACUCCUGAGCCACUCUGUCUGUCUGUCUGUCUGUCUGUUCUCUUUUUCUCAUAAUCCUCCCUCUUGUCUCUCCCACCUUUCCCCUCCUGCUCUGCCCUCUCAGAUUUGUGGUUUGCGUACACAUGUCACAUCCUGUUCCUGUCUGAGGCUUAUAAAGACACUUGAGAUUGAGCGUGUGCUUGUUUCCCCGACCCAACCUCAGUCAGAGACUCGAGAUGAGCUAAAACGGCUCGGUUCCUGUCCAUUCUGAAGCAUGUUUUCAAAAUCUCUGAUUAUAUUCAAACGACAAGAUGCUUUUUUUGUGUUACAGCUCAGCCGUAUCAGGCUGUUUCUUUGUUUCCUCAAUGAUUUAGUUUAAUCUACUGAGAAAAACACGCCACACUACACGGAAGGGUUACAUUAGCGUUAGGCGGAUCUCUUGUCUGUAUGGACCCUUGUUGACAGAGUCGAUCCAGAAAGCACAGCAUCAUUCUCCAUUCUAUCACAGAUUAAAAACUCCUUAAAUAAAGCCAAGAUUAUCUUUAUCAUACAUUUAGAUGACUUCCAUGUGUGCAGAUUUAAAAUGUCACCGGACGCUGUUACGGAUGCUUUGUGUAACAGUUGCUCCUAAUCUUCUGUUUGCUCCCUCUUUUUUUCCUUCACACACUUCCUUUUAUUUGUAAUACCGCUUGAUCAGAAGGAGUAGACUAUUAUCAUGUUUUCUAGUGGGAAUGGUGUACUUAAAUCAACCUAAUAUUGAAGGGAAACUGGAGAACUAGGGAUAAUAAUAUAGACAUAUCUACAGUGCUCAGCAUAAUUGAGUACACCCCAUUCUGAAAAUGAAUAUUUUUGUCCGUUUCUCAGUAAAUAUAGGGAAUGUUUUUGGUGCAUUUAAACAAAACAUAUUUAUUGAACGGGUAUAUUUAUUAAAAUAAGGUUUUAGUCACCAAACAUAUUCAGAAAUUGAAAGAUAAUACAAUAAAAUUCAAGCAAAAUAUUGCAAAUAAAAUUAAAACUACAAAAAUCAACAAAAUUUUUGAUCUUUCCUUUUUUUAAAAUUUGUAUUUAAUAUUUUUCUAUAACAUUAAUUUGGGUGUGCUAUUUAUUGGUGCGUUAUUUCAAGCUAUUUUGUUAGAUAAGCUUCAGAUUUGGCUUCAGUACUGACUAAUCUAAUAUAUAUGCACAAAUAUAAUAUUGCAGAGCUUCCUGUUUAAAAAGAUUGGUGAGGGGUGUACUCGUAUAUGCUGAGCGCUGUAUCAGUUAUAGCACAGGAUUUGGUGGGGCAGGUGAGAUGUAACAUAGCACAGAGCAUAUGCAAAGAAAAUAGGCGCUGCAUAAUACGCUUAGGUUAGUAGAUAUAGCCUUGAGAAUCUACCAGUAAGGUAGAGAAACCUUUCUGUUGGUAAAACUAUGCAGAUGAAUACCUGGCUGCAUAUUUUACACACUGAAUUCAGAUAAAGAUGAGCCGUUUUGCAUAUCCAGCCCUCAAGUCAACAUAGAUAUUUGCAUUAGAUGUCGCCUUUGCUAUUGGUGUAUAUUGGAGAAAUGCGUCAAUAGAGCCGCCGUUUUAGUACAGGGGAGUGCUCGUUUGAAAUGAAUGAGGAAACAAGGUGCAGUGGAGGACUGGCCAUCCAGAGCCAGAGAUAUAUAUAUACACAUUAAAUACCUAUAUCUAUUAUCGGGAGUUUUCCCGGUGGUCAGUAUGCAAAUAUUUUUUUAAGUUACGAAAAUUAUAUCACAUUUCUACACCGAUGGAUGAGUGAUCGCACGGGCAUUGCCAACAAAGAGCGUGUGUUUGUGUGCAUAAAUGUAUUAUCCGCCCUCCCUGUUGAAUUUGGUCUAAUCUGUUUCCUGAAACCCUCCUGCGUUCACUUCUAAUGCUAACAGAGGGAGGGAAUACUUUGUAAAUGAAUUUCCGCUAUGAACGAUUUUACAAUAAUAUAAGUUUCUAGCAUCUCA